UUUCCUCCUACCUUCCUCCUCUUGGCUCCUACCCAAUUCCCACCAAAUCAUCCAAAAUCCUUUUAUUUUCUUGUAAUUUUUUAAUUCAAAGGAUUUUUCGAUCUAAUCUAUAUUGUCGGCACAGUGAUCUAAACUUUGGUUAUAAAUAAACACACAUGCUACAGUCAACUUAACUUCGCUCAGGUUUGCGUUAUUAUCGACAUUUUUAAUUUAAAAUUUAUUUCUUACGCGUUCAUCAUUUAAAUCUUUAACUUACUAUCAUACCAUACAAUGUUGAAAAAAGUGAAAAGGAAAGUCAAAACCUUGGUAAAACCCAAGAAAAAUCCCUAUAAACCACCACCCCCUCCAUCUUCAUUUCCAUCAUUACCACCUCCGGAAGAAGAAUCCCAAACCAUGUCGCCACCGACGCAACAAACUUUCCGGCCACCCGCCACCGCUGACCCAUUCCUCUUUCCCCAAACCCAAUCCACCGUCCUCCCCGACCCGUCAAACUUCUUCUCCCCAAACCUCCUCUCAUCCCCUCUCCCCACCAACUCUUUCUUCCAAAAUUUCGUCCUUAAAAACGGCGACCAACCCGAAUACUUCCACCCCUACGCCGUCAAAUCCUCCUCCGCCGCCCUAACCAUCUCGUACCCAUCUCGCUUCUCCACCUCCGCCUUCAUAUACCAAAUCUUCAUCGCCGAUCUCACCAUCUCCGCCGCUCAAAACCCCGGUUCCCCACAACCCCACAAAAUCUCCUCCUUCAACGACCUCAGCGUCACAUUGGAUUUCCCCUCCUCCAACCUCAGCUUCUUCCUCGUCCGCGGCAGCCCAUUCAUCACCUGCUCUGUUUCCAACUCGACCUCUCUUUCAAUCUCCACCAUCCACGCAAUCCUCUCGUGUUCAUCAAACGGCUCAAAGACCAAAUACACCAUCAAGCUCAAUAGCAAUCAGACAUGGCUUGUAUACACUUCUUCCCCGAUCGAUUUGACAACCAGCGGCCUGUCACUGAUCACCUCCAAUGGGUUUUCUGGUAUUGUUCGGAUUGCGAUAUUGCCCAAUUCGGAUCCGAAAUUUGAGGCGAUCCUCGACCGGUUCAGCUCUUGCUACCCGGUUUCCGGCGAAGCGGUUUUCACUAAGCCGUUUGCUUUGGAGUACAAAUGGGAGAAAAAAGGAUGGGGCGAAUUGCUCAUGCUUGCUCAUCCUCUGCACCUCCAGCUUCUCUCCAGCGAGGAUUCUGACGUCACCGUUUUGGAGGAUUUCAAGUUCAAGAGCAUUGAUGGGGAUCUUGUUGGCGUUGUUGGCGAUUCGUGGGCGCUGAAACCCGACCCUGUUUCGAUCACCUGGCAUUCGAGUCGAGGUGUUGGAGAAGAUUCGUAUGCUGAAGGUUCUGCACUAGUUAAGGAUGUAGGGGAGCUGAAUUCGAGUGGGAUAGCUACAACAUCUUCGUACUUUUAUGGAAAAUUGAUAGCAAGGGCGGCAAGGCUGGCUUUGAUCGCAGAGGAGGUGGAUUAUCUCGAUGUGAUUCCGACGAUUAGGAAGUUCCUGAAGGAAACGAUUGAGCCGUGGCUGGUUGGAACUUUCGGGGGGAAUGGUUUCUUGUAUGACAAGAAAUGGGGUGGCAUUGUCACGAAACAAGGAGCAACCGAUUCUGGUGCAGAUUUUGGGUUUGGAAUUUAUAAUGAUCACCAUUAUCAUCUGGGGUACUUUGUUUAUGGGAUUUCAGUGCUUGUGAAAAUUGAUCCUGCUUGGGGGAGGAAGUAUCGGGCUCAAGCUUAUUCGCUUGCUGCUGAUUAUUUGACGGUAGGCAGGCGAUCACAUUCGCAUUAUCCACGCUUACGGUGCUUUGAUUUUUACAAAUUACACUCGUGGGCAGGCGGGUUAACUGAGUUUGCAGAUGGUCGUAAUCAGGAGAGCACGAGUGAGGCAGUGAAUGCCUACUAUUCAGCUGCAUUGUUGGGCUUAGCUUAUGGAGACACCCAUCUUGUGGCCACAGGAUCAAUUCUUGCAGCUUUGGAGAUUCGGGCAGCGCAAAUGUGGUGGCACGUAAAAGAGGGGGGUAACAUGUAUGAGGAGGAUUUCACAAGGGAAAAUCGUUUGGUUGGAGUUUUAUGGAAUAACAAGAGGGACAGCGGACUUUGGUUCGCUCCUCCGGAGUGGAAAGAGUGCAGGCUUGGAAUUCAGUUGCUACCGCUAUUGCCGAUCACUGAGGCCUUGUUUUCAGAUGUUGGCUUUGUUAGGGAUCUUGUGAAGUGGACACUACCGGCUUUGAGUAGGGAGGGAGUAGGAGAAGGAUGGAAAGGAUUUGUCUAUUCCUUGGAAGGGAUUUAUGACAAAGAAGGCGCUUUGGGGAAGAUAAGGAACUUGAAUGGUUACGAUGAUGGUAACUCGCUUACGAAUCUUUUGUGGUGGAUCCACAGCAGAGGAGAGGAAGCAGCGGAAUUCGGACUUGGACAUAACAUUUGCUGGUCUAGGCACUAUCAUUAAAUUUGGUUGCAUUACAAUUUGUGAUUGUGAUUUCCUUCUCUGUUGUAUUUACUGUUGUGUUUCGAUUGACAUACAUCUGUUUUUUCUACUGAAUUAUAAGCUUUCUAUCUAUUUCGAUCCCGUUGUAUUUACCUGUUGUUGUUGAAACCAUAUAUCAUAUUUUUGA